AUGCGAGGCGCAGCUGCUUCCUAUCGUAAUAAUGAAUACAAGAGAGAGUCCCGAAUCGCUAGCAGGGGAAGGCAAUGGCCGACUGGGAGGCAGGGGAAGGCAGAGUGGACCAGGGAGGCAGAGCAGCUCGGCAGGGACUGGUCCUUCGCGAAUCGCGAGCUGGAGCUGAGGCGGACUAAACCAAAGGAGGUCGUCAAAUGCCGCUGGAGCUGGAGCCGAGGGAGGUCACCGGCGGACUCGUUCCUUCGCGAAUCGCGAGCUGAAGCUGAGGCGGAGGGAAGGUCGUCGAUUGCCGCUGGAGCUGGAGCCGUGGGAGGUCGCCGACUCGGGUAG